AUGUCGGAAUCCAUUAAAACUUAUCUUAGAUCACCUAUCACUCCAAAUAAGUCCUUUGAAUUUGAAUCAGCUUCUACUCCCGCUUCUCCGAGGACGAAAGUAGAGUUAGAGAGAAUUCCAAUGGUUACAUCGCCGAGGCUUACGCAUGCACGUCUCUCUCAGAAAAAUUCUGUAUAUCACUCGAACCAAAACUCUUACUUCAAUUUAUACCAAACAAACUCGAUACCUCAAAGUUCAGCAGCCCUUGAAACACUAGCCCCGAGUCGAUCCUGCAACGGAACACCAGCUUCAACAGUGUCCUCGACAGGGACAAUUCCUAGCAUCCAGAAUUCAGUCACCGCAGGUAUGCACGCCCAAAAGAGAGCAUAUCGGCAGAGAAGGAAAGACCCUAGCUGUGAUGCAUGUCGAGAGCGUAAAGUAAAAUGCGAUGCCACAGAAACUGUCAGCUGCUCGGAGUGUCUCAGCCGAAAUGUCAAAUGCCAGUUUACCAAGGAGACAAAUAGACGUAUGUCAUCCAUUAAACAAGUUCAGGAUUUAGAAAGACAGGUCGCUCUAAUGAAACGAGAAAAUUUCCAACUGCGAUCAAUGCUUAACGUACGUGAUGAAAAAGUUAGUAUGAGUGGCGAAAUAUCCCAAAUAAAUCUUCCUGUGAUAGGAUCUCAUCCCAGGAGAAGAUUAAAGCCUCCAUCUCUACAGGAACUUUCGCGAGCCCGAAAUAACAUGAGUAAUUAUGGAAAGGGUAUUUUUAAACCGCCACCACCAUACCGAAUAUCAGGAAAACAAAUACAUAUUACACCUUCACGAUUAGAUCUACCUUCAAAACAUCUUUCCGAACAUCUUUUGCAAUCUUAUUUUGAAUCUGUACACUUAGUAAUGCCUAUUCUGCACCGCCCGACAUUUGAACAAGAAUUUGAGAAUUUGUAUAAAUCUGCAGGCAUUUCUAGCAUGACGCCAGCAUGGAUAUCACUUUUUUACACAGUUCUAGCAGUUGGCAUAUUAUACUCCACUGAAAAUCCUGUUCAGCACAUGCAGAAAGGUCGAGAGUAUCUUGAGAUAUCACGAAUGUUAAAUGAUAGCUGGAAUGAUGACUUCACUCUUAACCAUGUCCGGACUGCAAUACUUACCAGUAUGUUUCUUAUGGAGGUUAAUAAGAGAUCUGCAGCUUGGGUAUGGUUAGCAUCAGCAGUUAGUAUCUCUCAAGAUAUUGGGCUAAAUUCAGAAGCUAGUUCAUGCUCGGAAAUUGAGGCAGAAAUGCGACGUAGAGUGUGGUGGGCAAUAUACGUCUGGGAUCGUCAUAUAUCAUUAGAGCUCGGACUUCCUCUCCUCAUCAAGGAUGAUGACUGCGAUAUCAGUCUUCCAGCUAUCAUCAAUGAAUGUUAUACGGGGGAGGCUGGACCAACCCCAAUGAAUAAUUUUGGCUCAUCUCAAAUAAAUUUGAUUAUAUCAAUCAUUCAUAUCGUUCGAUCAUUUUCUCAACUAACGAAAGCACUAAAAUCACCUGUCAUCUCUGAAUCUACUUUGGAAAUAUUUGAUUCUCACUUUGCAGCUUGUAUGGCAGCAUUCCCACAAUCCCUUCAACUUCAAUCUCUAGAUCCUCUUGAUCCUAGAUCACUAAUUCCAGUCUGUCACCUAAUGAAUGCUCGAUUAAUAUUACAUCGACACAAUCUCAACAUUUCUUGUCCCCCAAAAACUAGAGCUAAUGCACUAGAACAAUGCAUACGCGCAUCUCUUGACUCAUCUUCUCUCAUAUCACGAGCCAUGACUUGGUCAAACUUAUCUCAUUCUUUUGGAUUAGCCGCACAUUCCAUGAUCUGUACUCAUAUAUGGCGCUGCACACUAUUUCUUUUAUUUGCAGGUCAUCUUGAUGCGGCACUAAUCUGCAUCAGAGCUUCGUCAAAUAUUGGAUCACUGAGAGACAUUAAUAUUUACUGCGGUCAUUACAUUACUUUUUUUUUAAGAAUUUUGAUUGAAAAGCGUCGGUCAAACAGCAUAAUAAUUGGUGGCGAUUAUCGUGACCGUCAUAUAUUAGACGAAGAACUAAUUGUAUAUGUUACUGGAGAUCUACAAACCAACUCUAAUAGUAGCUGGGUCUGGCAAAACGGAGAUAAAGAGAUCAAUAUCACAGAAAGAGAAGGGAGAGAUUUCUCUCAGUCCACUACGAUCAAGCAGGACGUGGAGGGUAUCAGUUGUAAUAUAUCAACCACACCCAAGAUUGAAUCCGGGGAAUGGGGCGGAUGGAAAAUGAUUGAACAUCUGGUUGGGGUACUUGCCCGUGAAUAUGAAGGGCAUAAUAAACCUACUAACCCACAUUUCUUUUCCGGAUCAAAUACUGAAAAUAUCACCUCAGCCCAAGACCGUCGAAAAGGUAGCGAAAGAAUGAGUAUAACGAACAUUAUCUGA